AUGAGGUUCCGUAUCAAGUCUAAUAUAGCCACCAAAGUGGUGACAGUCGAAGGAACUUUACAAAACCUAGUAGAUGAAAUAAAGAAGCAAGGAUUAGUUCAGGAGUCCAAUUACGUAAUGUCAAUUAAGUAUGGAUUCCCUCCACAAAGUGUUCAGCUAGAUGACAAGUCUCGAGACUUAGGCAGUUUAGGAAUAAGAUCAGGAGAUCAGCUUAUAGUUGAGACUUCGGACUCGACGGUUCAAGAGGCAGAGCCUGCAGUUGCUGAGGUGACUAGAAAGAAGACUGAAGACAUUCCCAAUGUAUUCAAUAGCGAUUUAAACUCAUACACGAUUCUUAGAAAUGUACCAGACGAUAAUUCUUGUCUAUUCAAUUCGAUAUUAUACGCAAAAUUUGCAAUUAGAGACAAUGAGGGAAACUUGGUGCAAGAGGAGGUUUCCAAAUUAAGAACACUAGUUUCCAAGGCGAUCGGUGAAAAUCCUAUCUUGUAUGAUGAAUUAGUCUUGGGUAGACCUGUUGACAAAUAUCGCGAGUGGAUACUUAAAAAAGAUUCCUGGGGAGGAGCAAUUGAGAUAGGUAUCAUUGCUCAACACUUGAACUUAGAUAUCUAUUGUCUUGAUGUAGAGCUGGCAAAUUUCAUCAAGUUUGAAAACAGUUCGUCUGCUGAGGAAUUCAUAGUACUAGUAUAUUCCGGAAUUCACUACGACGUAAUGGCACGAAAUCUUAUACUUUCUACAAAAUUACUGGAUAAGCGGAAGGAUGAAUGUGUUUUCAGAAAGGGGAGCCCAGAAGGCAAAUUAUUUUUGGAAGACUGCCAAGAGUUGUGUCGUUUACUUCAGACUAAGAACUAUUCAACAAAUACCACCACAUUCAGAGUCAGAUGCUUAGAGUGCUAUGAAAUUUUAGUUGGCGAAAUGGGGGCCUCCAACCACGGUAAUAAAACCGGCCACUAUAGAUUUGGAGAGAUUAAAGAUUAA